UUACCUGGGCAUUUUACUGAGGAGUCGAGCCGAGACGAUUCGAUUUACUGGAGCUGAAAGAAGUUAGCUUGUCAAGAAGGAUUAGAGACUACUCGGUACCAGUCCUAACGAAACAUCAAUCAUGCCCCUCACAUUCUCCACGCCACUACAUCCCACAUCCUUCCGAAAUAUCAACCUACUUCUCCGAGCCGCACCUCGAUACAUCCAGAACCAAUUCCGAUGUCAAUCUACCACUUCUACUGGCAAUUCAUCCGUCAAUCCAGAUGAAGUCUCACAUUUCAAUGCCCUAGCAUCUACAUGGUGGGAUCCGCAUGGUUCUUCCCGAUUAUUACAUUUGAUGAAUCCGCUCCGUCAUGAUUUCAUCCGUACAUGUCAUGCCUCACAACCCACACCACCCGCUACAUCAGGGUUGAAAUACCUAGAUGUAGGAUGCGGAGGAGGAAUAUUCGCCGAGAGUGCUGCCAGAUUAAGGAGUUCGGGGAGCGUUACCGCGAUUGAUCCUUCACCUGUAGUAUUAUCUGUUGCGAAAGCACACGCGAGGAAAGAUCCCGCUUUGGCGGGGAAAUUAAUCUAUUUAAAUACGUCGAUUGAAGGGUUGUCGAUACCGAAAGCGGAAGACGAACAGUAUGAUGUUUUGUCUUUGUUUGAGGUUAUCGAACAUAUUACUUAUCCGUCGUCGUUUUUGGAUAAGUGUAUGCCGUUUGUGAAGCCGGGGGGUUGGAUCAUCAUGAGUACGAUGGCGAGGACGUGGACGAGUUGGUUGACGACCAAGGUGGUGGCCGAGGAUGUUAUGGGGAUUGUGCCGAGGGGGACUCAUGAUUGGUAUCAGUAUAUUAAUGAGGAGGAGUUGAGGGGACAUUUUUUGAGGGAGAGGGGUUGGAAUAGUCCGAUUGUUAGGGGCGUAGUUUAUGUUCCGGGUUUGGGGUGGAAGGUUGUGCCUGGGAGUGAGAGGGUGGGGAAUUAUUUCUUUGGCAUUAGGAGGGAUGAGGUUAGGAGGGUGUGAUGUUAUGACCGGGGUAGCUGUGCAUGUGUAUGAUAGUAUAGAUGUAGAGUAGAUCAGAUCAUCUUUGGAAACUUAUCCGAGGCGGAUACAGUAUAUACUCAAUCGCGUUUGCAAGCUCAGCUCUAAUGCUCCAUUGAUCCUAACGAGGAGAAACAUCCCCGAAAUCAUUGUUGCCUCACUCAGUCCAACAAUUAUAUAGUUU